AUGGAAGCCGCUUACACAAAAACGCCAAAGGAGGUGUUGAAGUUCUUGAAUGUUGAUAAGGAGAAGGGACUUUCUACAAAGGACGCGGAGAAGAGGCUUGCGGAGUAUGGUCAUAACGAACUCCCGGAGGACCCACCAACGCCAUUAUGGGAGCUCAUCCUCGAACAGUUCAAAGACCAGCUUGUGAUCAUUCUACUUGGAGCUGCCGCUAUCUCGUUCGUGCUGGCGUUCUUGGAAACCGACGAAGCGGAGGCUGGAACGGCGUUUGUGGAGCCCAUCGUCAUCUUACUCAUCCUCAUUGCGAACGCGGUCGUGGGAGUGGUGCAGGAGACGAAUGCGGAGAAGGCUAUUGAGGCACUAGCGGAAUACUCUCCGGAUGAGGCAAAGGUCAUGCGUAACGGGAGCGUCCACAAGAUUCACGCCAAGGACUUGGUGCCCGGAGAUAUCGUGCACCUCGCCGUCGGAGACAAAAUCCCCGCCGAUUGCCGUCUCUUGGAGAUCAUUUCUUCAGCUUUCAGGACAGAUCAGUCCAUCCUGACCGGAGAGGCAGUAUCGGUGUCAAAGGACCCAGACACCGUUGUCAAAGAUGCCAAAGCGGUGAAGCAGGAUCAGGUCAACAUCUUGUUCUCUGGCACCACCGUCACGAUCGGCAAAGCCAUCGCCGUCGUGGUGCAGACCGGAACCGACACCGCGAUCGGCGAGAUCCAUCAAUCCAUCACCUCGCAAACAGACGAAAAAACGCCCCUGAAACAGCAACUCGACGAUUUCGGCGAACAGCUCGCGAAAAUCAUUACCGUGAUCUGCAUCCUCGUCUGGGUCAUUAACUUCCGCCACUUCAACGACGAAGCCUUCCACGGGAACUGGGUUAAGGGCGCCAUCUACUACUUCAAGAUCGCCGUCGCGCUCGCUGUGGCUGCUAUCCCUGAAGGGCUUGCCGUGAUCAUUACCACCUGUCUUGCGCUGGGAACCAAGAAGAUGGCGAAGGAAGGCGCGAUUGUCCGUAAAUUGCGCAGUGUGGAGACUCUUGGAUGCACUAGCGUGAUCUGCUCCGACAAGACGGGGACUCUCACGACCAACCAGAUGAGUGUCCGUCGCGUGCUGGUGUGGAACACCGUGUCGAGCCCGUCGGAGUACCAAGUGGAAGGAACCAGUUUCGGACCCAUUGGACGUGUGCUGCAGAAGGGUGUGCAGGUAGACCGUGAUGUGCUUGUGCAUAACUCGGCGUUGAAUGAGCUGGCCCACAUCUGUACGCUCUGCAAUGACGCUACUAUCACUUACGAUGAGGAAACUGAUCAGUACCAGAAGAUUGGGGAACCAACCGAAGCCGCCCUGAAGACCCUCGCCGAGAAACUUGGCACCGACGACCCGACCGUCAACCGCGCCAUCACCUUCGCGGCGGACGUUAACGGCCUCGCUGGACUCUCUGCCGCCGAACGUACCCGUCGAAUCUCCCACGUAAGCGACCACAUCGCGGCAAAGUUCAAGCGUCUCGCCACUCUCGAGUUCUCCCGCGACCGCAAAUCCAUGUCCGUCCUCGUCGAACGCAUUGACGGCGGUUCCGUCUUCGGUUCCUCCGCCAAUCGCGUCACCCGCCAGUCCUCAGCAUCCACCUCCAAAGCCCUCCUCGUCAAAGGCGCACCCGAGCAAGUCCUCGAUCGCUGCGCCUUCAUCCGCCUCUCCUCCACCUCCGACCCCACACCCCUCACCCCCGCCCUCCGCGAGAGCAUUCUCCAGAAAGUGGCCGUGUGGGGUGAAGACGAGUCCCUUCGCGUGCUCGCCUUUGCCACCGUGGAUAAGCCCAACGUCCCGGACCGCAUCGACCCCUCGUCCUACGCAAAAUACGAAGCCAACAUGACCUUUGUCGGCCUCGUUGGCAUGAUGGACCCCCCGCGCCCGGAAGUCAAAGACUCGAUCCGCAAAUGCGCCGUGGCGGGCAUCCGCGUCAUUGUGAUCACGGGCGACAACAAGAAGACCGCGGAAGCCAUCUGCCGCCAAAUUGGCGUGUUUGGCGAGGACGAGGACCUGACGGGCAAAUCCUACACUGGCCGCGAGUUUGACGAUAUGUCCCUGGAAGACAAGAUCGCCGCCGUGCACCGCGCCAACCUCUUCUCCCGCACCGAACCCGCCCACAAACAACAGUUGGUCGAUCUCCUCAAAGGUGAAGGGUUCAUCGUGGCCAUGACGGGCGACGGUGUCAACGACGCGCCGGCGCUCAAGAAAGCGGAUAUUGGAAUCGCGAUGGGCAGCGGCACGGAUGUGGCGAAAUUGGCGAGUGAUAUGGUGCUCGCUGACGACAAUUUUGCGACGAUUGUGAUCGCGGUCGAGGAAGGGAGGAGUAUUUACUCGAAUACGAAGCAGUUUAUUCGGUACUUGAUUAGUUCGAAUAUCGGGGAGGUUGUUAGCAUCUUCCUAACAGUAAUCCUUGGCAUGCCCGAAGCCCUCAUCCCCGUUCAACUCCUCUGGGUCAACCUGGUAACCGACGGUCUCCCAGCCACCGCUCUCGGGUUCAACCCCGCCGACCACGCCAUCAUGCGCCGCCCGCCGCGCGACCCCAAGGAACCGAUUGUCACCGGCUGGCUGUUUACAAGAUACAUGAUUGUAGGCACUUAUGUUGGAUUUGCGACGGUGUUUGGUUAUGCUUGGUGGUUUAUGUUUUAUGAGGGUGGGCCGGGGAUUUCGUUUCAUCAGUUGACCCACUUCCACUCCUGCGCCACCCAAUUCCCGCAAAUCGGCUGCGACAUGUUCCACAACAUCCUCGCCCAAAAAGCGACAACGAUGUCCCUCUCCAUCCUCGUCGUCGUCGAGAUGUUCAACGCCAUCAACUCUCUCUCUGAAAACGAAUCUUUGCUCACGUUCCCGGUGUGGGAGAACCCGUUCCUGUGUGUCAGCGUGGUGCUGAGCAUGUGUUUGCAUUUUGUUAUUCUUUACGUGCCGUUUUUCUCGAAUCUCUUCUCAAUCACACCCCUCAACCUCGCCGAAUGGCAAGCGGUGCUGUGGAUCUCCGCCCCCGUCAUCCUGAUCGAUGAGGUGCUCAAAUUUGUGUCGAGGCAGUGGAUUGUGCCGGCGAGGAAACUUAAGGAGGAUUAGAAUAUGGAAGAAGGGACUUUGUAGAGAGAAAGCUUCACGGCAGCCGCUGACUACCCACCCAACGUCGGCUUUGAGAUCAGGACCAGACCAGGACGCGGGGUUUCCUUUGGCGGGAAAACAAUGAAUGGCCCGUAUGCCGCGUUCAAACACCAAUUCCUCCAAAAUCCCGCUGUCUGCACCCCCCCCCCAAAACACACUUUCCUGACCUCUUCCCUGUGUGGGAACGAGAAUAGGGAUUUACUUUUUUCUUUCGCUUAUUAUUAUAUUGUGUUCGAAAUGAAACAUGUACACAUGGACCUGAAAAAACCCUCUCGAGCCCAGCUGGAGCGUGGAAAAGUGUGAUCCUGAUGUUAGCGCAUCUGGGACUUUCGAAAUCGCCAAACGAGCUCCCCCG